UGGCCCUUGUCUUCUGUUGUUACAUUUGGUGUCGCUGCCUACCGACAAAUGAAAAGCCUAUACCCUGCAGUUUUUGAUGGAGACAUAUGGAUCUUCGGGCAGGACUUCAAGGCUUCUGCGCAGUUGAGUGGCGUUCAAAAUCUGUCAGCGAUGGAGCUGCUACUUGGGACGCUGCUGGGAGGUCGGGCGAAAGCAGCAUAUGAAGGUGUGGGCCGAAGUAUGGACGAAUGUUCGACAGGGUCAGGCAAACAGUUUCCAAAGUGGGAAGGACCAUAUAUGGUCACUUCGAGAUGGGGUUACGCAGACACAGUCGCAAUGGCGAACAAUGAGAGGCGCGUGAACGUCAGCGAGCUCCAGAAAUGGAUACAGCGAGACAAGCCAACGAUGACGCCUGCACCAAGUAGAUCAAGCCGACUUCAGUCGCACGUAUUUGACGGGGGGACGAGUGUGGUGAGAGCAGGCUGCUAGCCGAUUGGUUGGCACUAAUCUACGUUAAGGUCUAGGUCACUAAUAUGGGCCGUGAACAAGGCUGAGUCAACAACCAAUCACAGCGAAGUUAACGUGGCAAAAUAUGAUUCGCAGAUAGAGAACUCUGUUUGUCAAGGAAUCCCGAAACAACCAAUCAGAAGCCUGCGUUUGUCUACCUAAACAACCAAUCAGAUGACUGCGCUUGUCUAUAAUAAUGUUGUCUGGAAUAUGUAUAAAUACGUG